UAAAGAAAGAACUGUCAAGAAUCCAGACAGAACUGAGCACUACAAACCAAGUCUUCAAUUUUCGAAUGAUCAAAUGGAAGAAAUUUCUACAAAACUUCCAGUGGACAAGGCCGAGUUGAAAAACUACUUUCCAAAGUCUUGGUGUGAAAAAUAUGGAGAUGUAGUGCUGGAAGUGGUGAAGAAAGAAUUCAAAGAGCAUGUUGGAGAAAUGGAAAACAUGAGAAGCAAUGCUAGAGAGAAGCACAGCAACAACAGAUCAAAGCGUUGGGCAACCUUUGAUGAAGAUGGAGAAAAUUUUCACCCAAAUCUUUUUGCUCAUCCUCAUCAACAUCAUAGUAAUAAUAAUAAUAUCAACCCAUUUGGGAGCAGUACCAUCAAUCCAUUUUCUCAUAGUAAGUGGAAUUGAUUAAGCAUUGAUGCCUCAAUGAAUUAUAGGGUAAAUGUGUAUUCUUGCUGUUGAAAUAUUCUUCGAGAAGCACUCAAUACCCUUAACCUAUUAGAUAGAAUAUUUUUGUCCUUGUCAUUAAAUUGUCAUUAAAUUCUUUAAUAGUUAAUUUUAGAAUAUCAAUUAGCAUUUUCUAACAGUCAAUAUUGAAAAUUUGAUGAUAAGGGCAAAAAAUAAUCCGUUUUAAUUUCUUCAAAAAUACUCCUUAGAGAAUAUUUUAAAAACAAAAAUAUACAUUUACUCAUGAAUUAUGGCAAGCUUGCCUUGUAACCAUAAUAUCUUCGUGUUCAUGUUUAGUAGGCCCACCCAAAAGGAAUUGUGAUUAAUUGAUUACUAUUAAUAUUUACAUCUAUUGUAAGAACUGAAGAACACUGUUCUU